GCUGACGAAGGGAUAAAAAGCGAAGAAUACGCUGCGCCCUUUUAUUUCGUUCGCACCGUGUUUGUGUAUUCCCCAAAGAGUUGCGUGAUGUCUGGCCGUGGCAAGCAGGGAGGUAAAGCUCGGGCUAAGGCCAAGUCUCGCUCUUCUCGUGCUGGGCUGCAGUUCCCUGUGGGCCGUGUGCAUCGGCUGCUGCGCAAGGGGAACUAUGCGGAGCGAGUGGGAGCCGGCGCGCCCGUUUACAUGGCUGCGGUGCUGGAGUAUCUCACUGCUGAAAUCUUGGAGCUGGCUGGCAACGCCGCCCGGGACAACAAGAAAACUCGCAUCAUCCCCCGGCACUUGCAGCUGGCCAUCCGGAACGACGAGGAGCUGAACAAGCUGCUGGGCAAAGUUACCAUCGCUCAGGGUGGGGUCCUCCCCAACAUCCAGGCGGUGCUGCUGCCCAAGAAAACUGAGAGCCACAAAGCCAAGGGCAAGUGAUCAGUUUACUGCUGUUGCCGCCUUAUAGGCGAGGGAGAUUCCUCCUCAAUAUUUCAACCCCAAAGGCUCUUUUCAGAGCCACUCACAACGUCAGGCAAAGAGUUGUUAAUCCCUGUUUUGUCACCAUGAGGUGGUUUUUUUGGGGGGUGUUACUAAGGAAAAUGAACAAUCAGUUCAGUAAAACUGCUAGUGUUUUCCCGGAAGAAAAAGGGGGUUAAAAUAUACAGGAGCCUAAAUCUUCUCCAGGAAAACGCCCCACGGAUAGAAAACCUGAUUCCUUUCCAGAGAACUGGAAACGGUGCUCCUGGUAAUGUGAAGAAAUAAGCUCUUUCCUAGGUAUACGGGGCGGGGGGACAGGUCGUGACUUUAAUAA